CUCCGAGGAAGUAACCCUCAGAUUAACUCGGGGGAUUAACAUUUUCUGGAGAAAGUCCCGUAGGUCCGGGCGCGCUCCCUCCGGUGCCAGAGCGGACCCCCGGCGCGGCGCUCGGUGGAAGUGGAAGCUCCAUGCGCCCGUUUCCGCGUUGCACCUCCUGGCGUUCCCCGCGGAGGUGGCGGAGGAGCGGACGAACCGGUCGAGCUGGUAGUCUUUCUCGGGAUAGCAGCGGCACGAGCGUCAUGUUUCGGUGCACUCCGCCGGCCCAGCGCGCGCUACCGGAGCCAAACCGAUCCCGAUGACGAUGGAGGGCUGCUGCCGCUCCUGCAUGCCAUGUUGCCGCCGACUUUGGGACUGGAUAUGGCCCGAAUUCCGCUACCCGAACGUGCCAAACCACCACGGCAGCAGCAACGGCGCGACGGUCCUCGAGAACCCGGGAGCCGCGGAGAUACGCACCGUCUCCGGGGACCUCCGAGUGCCCGCCCCGGUCCAGAUCCCGGUUCCGUCCCCGCAGAAGAAGCCCGCGCAGCUCUACCAGGCGCUGUACGACUUCGAGGCGCGGAGCAACGACGAGCUGUCCGUGCGCGGCGGGGAUAAGCUCUCCGUGAUCGAGAAACGCGGGGACUACGUGCUCGCCAAGAAGCUGACCGGGAGCCUGGAGUCCGGACUCAUCCCCGCGAACUACGUGGCUCUGCUGCAGGACGAGUUCGCCAAACACAAGUGGUACUAUGGAAACAUCAACAGAGUCAAAGCCGAGAAGCUGCUGCUGGCGUCGCAAAACAAAGACGGCUCCUUCCUGGUGCGGAUCAGCGAGAGCCACAGCAACGAGUACACCAUCUCAGUUCGCAGUGAGGGGAAGGUGUUCCACUUCCGGAUCCAGCGCUCGGUGAUCGGGGCGUACCUGGUGUCAGAGAAGAUCUCCUUCGCCACACUGGGGGAGCUCAUCUCGUAUUACCAGAAGAACCCGCGGAGUCUGGGGGUGCUGCUGCAGGAGCCCUGUGCCCAGCAGAGAGAGCUGUUCGACAUGGAGCCCUGGGAGCGACCUCGGGAGGAGUUUAAGCUGUACAAGAAGCUCGGGGAGGGGCACUUCGGGCAGGUGUGGGAGGCUCUGUGGACCACGCAGAACAAGAAGGUGGCCAUCAAGACUCUCAAACAAGAGGACACGAAGCAGGACGAGUUUGUGAAGGAGGUGACGGCUCUGAAGAACCUGCACCAUCCCAAACUGAUCCAGCUGCUGGCCAUGUGCUCCAGAGGAGAACCUGUGUACAUCGUGACUGAGCUCAUGAGCAAAGGCAGCCUCAAGUCCUACCUCGACUCUCCGGAGGGCCAGGUCCUGACCUCGGCCCACCUCAUCUACAUGGGCAGUCAGGUGGCAGAGGGCAUGGCGUACCUGGAGGACCGCAGCAUCGUGCACAGAGACCUCGCCGCUCGGAACAUCCUGGUGGGAGACGACCUGGUUUGUAAAGUGGCUGAUUUCGGACUCGCUCGCAUCAUCAAGGACAGCGUGUACACAGCCAGUCGCAGCACUAAGAUCCCGGUGCGCUGGACGGCUCCCGAAGCCGCUCUGCACCAGAGGUUUUCGGUGAAGUCUGACGUCUGGUCCUUUGGGGUCCUGCUGUACGAGAUGAUGUCCAGAGGGAAGACGCCGUAUGAAGGUAAGAGUAACAAAGAGGUCCUGGACAUGCUGAGCUCAGGGUACCGUCUCUCCUGCCCCACGCGCUGUCCUCCAAACAUCUACCGCAUCAUGCUGGACUGCUGGGCCCUGGAACCCUCCAAGAGACCCUCCUUCCACGCCCUGCACAGCCAGCUCGACAGCAUCUACGCCAAAAUCUACUUCAAAACCAUCGAGGUAUAGCAUCGGGAGACCGGCGACGGACUAGAGACCGAGAGAGAGAGAGAGGAAUCCACUGUGCUUCCUCACGCCAAAAGGAGAACGGGAGAGAACACGAGAACUGAGGAAAUGUCCGUUGAGAAUAGGACUUUAAACCACGAAGCUGUGACGAGAGCAUUGGAGCUGAAGUGGACGGAAUGCCUUUUGUGGAGCGCAUUUCGGACGGAGAUCGGGAGACGGAGAAACGUCCCGAGGCCCCGUUCAGACUUUGCUUUAAAAUCUUUGGAUACUACGGGUCGUUUAAUCACGGAUUUCAACCGCUGCUAUGUCCGUAUGGAAUCAAUUUUGAGUCAUGAAGUUCGAAGACACUUUUAAAACAUCAAGCAAAAAAAUGUCAAUCAAAAUACCAAAUAAAAAAAUAUAUAUAUAUAAUAAAAUAAGAUAUAAAUAAAAUAAAAAAAAUAAAAAUAAAUAUAUAAAUAAAUACAAAUAAAUAAAUACAUAAAUAAAUACAAAUAAAAUAAAAUAUAUAAGAUUGCAGUCAAAUUAUUUGCGUCUUUGCCUCUUUUAUUUUUGUCUUUCUCAGUUUUGUCUGAUUGGUUUUCUUUGGUUCUGAUUCUUCUUCUCGUUUGACUUUUUGGUGCAGUUUUGGCACAAUCGUGACAGGUGGGCGGGGUUUCCAUGGGCGCAUUCCCAUCGGCUCAUUUACGUUUGACGGACAGCUGAGCUCGGACGUUUCCUGGUGAAGUUUUUGGUGCUCAGAGGUUUUCUAACAUUCAACGUUCUAUGGUGGACAAAGUUUUCUGUGUUUCAGUCGCCAAAACUUCACCAGUAAAACGUCCACAACGGCUUCAGGAGCUCCGAGCUCAGCUGUC